UGGCAGCCCCGCCGCUCAGCCACAAACCAAACUACAGCAACCACAGCAGCACGGAGACAAGCAAAACGCGGUGUGAGCUGCUGCCGUGUAUACCUGGUAAUCGGAAGCGAGCGGAACUGCUGCACGCUUCUAUUGUUCUUGCGGUGCUCUGAGAACGUUCGGUGCGGAACGGACGACUAGUAGUGCGUCGCGUCGCCGUCGAUCACGAGAGACUGCACAGCACUGCGGUGAGCGCAGCUACGAGGACGCGACAAUGCAGGCAGGAGGCCUAGUUGCGUUUCUGGCCCUGGCCAUAGCGACGUGCAGCUGUGACCCGCUCCGCAAUAAAGGAGGCAGCUCGGAAGAAUGCGAAAGCUGCGAGUCGCACUGCGAGCUGACUUACCCGGCGCACACGUAUCCGAAGCCCGAGCAUCUCGACGCUUGCAAGAAAGGAUGUCGCAACUUCGUCGAGGCCGGCUUCCACGCGGUGACCCACGACAUGAACGCUACGCACGCUGCCUGCUUCAACGCCUGCACGGAGGCCUAUCCGAGCCAGCCUAGCUACUACGCAUGUACCGAAGGAUGCGACGAGCAGUUCAGGCACGUGAGCAAAAUGUCGGAGCACAAGAAGUCGUCACAUCUUCACCCGCUCAAGCUGCUCAUGCUGGUGCAGAAGAUGUACGAGACGGUGGUGGACCACGUGUGCCGCAUUAUCCGACGCACAUUCUACGCUGUCUACGUGCAGAAGGACACCGGCCACCUGAUUGUAGUGCGUGGAGAGCUAACGCCAAUCCGUAUCCUCGAUCCUCAUGCCGGGGACCCUGCGGAAGACAAGUCGGCCAAGCCGGCAUCGUCCACCAAGUCUGAGCAGGAAGCGGCUGCCGUCGAGGCGUCAUCGACAGUGUCUGCAGCAGCCAGCUCCUCUUCUAGCUGGCUGGACUGCAUCUCGCGCCAGUCAGGCAUCCCCGAGUGGCUGCUCAUGAUGGUCCUGUUCCUCGUCGUGGUGACCAUGGUGUGGCUGUGCUGUGCCACCAUGGUGACCUCACCCAGCAGCAGCGUGACAUCGUCCACCUCGCCACCACCCGCCUACUCGCACCACGUGAGUGCUGCUGCAACUACCCUUCCGGCCCGUUUUCUUAACCCCUUUGGCGAGUCUGUCCUGCCUUGUGCAGUGAAUUCCGAGGCACCUUAACCCCACGCAGCCCAACGUAUAAUUUUUCAUGCACUCUUUUUGUUUAGCAUGAUAAACUUAACACGAAGUCUGUAGCAUCUUUGAUACCCUGGAGUGGGAUUUCAGUAUUGUGUAGUUCAGCAAGCCAGUUUUAAAUAAAUAAUUUGUGUGUAAUCAACAUUUUACUCAAAAUACAUUUCAUUGCUUAUUUUUCUUUCGUACGAAUGUACUCUUCAUGGCCAGAAAUUAAGGUUGUGAAGUUAAUUGUGCAAAUAUGCAUUUUUUGUUAGUGUGCGAAUAUUCGAAAAUGUACGAAUAUUCGGAUCCAACCGAAUAUUCGAAUCAAAUCGAAUAUAUUGCUGGCAGUGUGGUAGCAAAAACGGUCCUUAGCAUUUUUUUCUAUCUAAUCUAAGAAUAUUGGGGCGAUUUCGUGCUAAAUUUUGUGAUUUCAUGCUGGUCGCAAAAUUGCACCUGUAAGCACACUUAGCCACUAGACGUCUAAACUGUGCGGGAAAGCCAGCUUUUCAGUGGCAAGGGGGCACGGGUUUGUGGACAGCGAGGGUGCACUUUUUCUUCUUUUUUUUUUUCCCGCGCCACUCUCAAUUCUGAGCUUAUUGCUUGACAGUAAGUGCGAUGAGUGACGACUGACACAGGGUCAAACGCCUCCGAGUUCACGGGCAUGUGAUGCGGUAUAACAAGGCACAGGCUGGCGAGCACAGCUGGGGGGAAUUACUAAAUUCUCCAAGUUAACGUGAGCCAAAUACACAAUAUUUUAGUAUAGUGGCUUACUAGUCUAGUUUUUUAUAUUGACAAUGUAAUUGCAAUGUUCCAUCAUAACAAAUUAACCCAACUUGAUAAAUGCAUGUGCAUAUCAUUAUUCAAUAUCCGAAGCUAAGUAUUCGUAUUCCAAUCGUAUUCGAAAAUUUGAUAUUUGCGCAACCCUGAUUUUUUGGUUCGAAGCAUUGUCGAAGCAAAUAGCUCACUGUUGUGCUUCAGUCUAGUUAAAAUUUUGUGGUGGUUGAGGCUGUUGUGAUGCAGUGAAGUGCAACCUUGACUGCGCGACGCUGGCAGUUAGUGCUGUGUUGCGAAAUUUCAGGUUGAUGCUUUCUGUCUACAUGCGAGCACAACCCAUUCUAAUUUACAUCUUCCCGCGGCAGUUUGCAGCCCACCGCUAUGCCCGCAUUGGCUAUUUGGCCGAACCAGUGCUUUUUCUCAGGAUGUCGGCCACCAAAGUUACGGUUUAUGGGCACAGUCAACGCAAAUCUAUUCAGUGGGCCUACGGCUCUCGGGAAGCUGUACAGCUGCUGCAAAUACUAGUAUCUUUAAAUAAUCGAGCCCAGGUGCAGAAAUCAGUAGUUGACUCCAAAUAAAUU